GUGAGGUUAGUUUGGGGAUGUGAAUACAAUGAGUGUAAACCAGCAAGCUCACACGGGGCCUCCUUACGGGCAACCUCAGCCUGGAUAUCAGGGAUACCAGCAGCCUGCCUACGGAGGACAGUCAUUGCCAGGGGUUCCUCAGUCGCAGUAUGGAGCUUAUAAUGGGCCGAUGCCAGGAUAUCAACAGCCAGUCCCUCCACAAGGUUACUUUCCUUCCUUGGGGUUUCCUUCGAAGGGCUCUCCUGUAUCUCUCAACUCUGACACUUCUUCUCUUGCACCUAAUUUCAUAGGUUCGUUAAGAGCCCCGCCAACAUCUGGAGCUCCCCCUCCAGCCUCUGGAGCAUCUCAUCCUUCUGGCCACUUGGCAUACAGUCAGUUUGAACAUGGAGAUGUGCAGAAUGGAAUUCCAGCCUCAGCAGCUCCAAUGCAGAGGCCACCUGCUUCUCAGCCAUUUCUGCCAGGCUCAGCACCCACGCCUGUCAGCCAGAUAUCUACGUUCCAGCAAUAUGGGCCCCCCCCAGCCAGCGUGCAGCAGCUCAGGAAUCACAUGGCAGGGAUGACAAUUGGCAGUACUGCAGCCUCUGCUCCUCCCCCAGCUGGACUGGGCUAUGGGGUUGGACCUUCCUCUUACCCUCCUACCACGGGUGCUCCAAGGCCACCUGCCAUGCCAGGCCCACCACUGCCUGGGCAGACAGUUGCUGGACCACCACCAUCAUCCCAGCCUAAUCAUGUAUCCUCACCACCACCUCCAUCAAGUAUGGCAGGGCUGCACCCUGGGCCUCCCAUGAGUGGUCUUCAUGGACCACCUCCUCCCACUCAUCCUCCUCAGCCAGGAUACCAAAUGCAGCAGAAUGGUUCCUUUGGACAGAUGAGAGGUCCCCAGCCAAACUAUGGAGGAGCCUAUCCAGGAGCACCAAAUUAUGGAAGUCCACCUGGACCCCCACCUCCACCAAAACGCUUGGAUCCAGAUUCCAUUCCUAGCCCUCAACUUAAUGAGCUGCCACCCCAGCAGAAACCCAGGCACAGAAUAGACCCAGAUGCAAUUCCUAGUCCAAUUCAAGUGAUUGAAGAUGACAGAAAUAACCGUGGGUCAGAACCAUUUGUCACUGGAGUGAGAGGGCAGGUCCCACCUCUUGUUACUACAAAUUUCUUGGUCAAGGAUCAAGGUAAUGCAAGCCCUCGCUACAUCAGAUGCACAUCUUACAAUAUUCCCUGCACUUCUGACAUGGCCAAACAAUCCCAAGUUCCCCUGGCUGCUGUCAUAAAGCCGCUGGCCACUCUGCCACCGGAGGAGACCCUUCCUUACUUGGUAGACCAUGGAGAAUCCGGUCCUGUCCGAUGUAAUAGGUGCAAAGCUUACAUGUGCCCUUUUAUGCAAUUCAUUGAAGGUGGAAGGAGGUUCCAGUGUUGUUUCUGCAGCUGUGUCACUGAGGUGCCACCUCACUACUUCCAACAUUUGGAUCAUACUGGAAAGCGAGUAGAUUUCUAUGACCGACCUGAGUUAUCACUGGGAUCGUAUGAAUUUCUAGCAACAGUUGACUAUUGCAAGAAUAACAAGUUUCCUAGUCCACCUGCUUUCAUUUUUAUGAUUGAUGUGUCUUACAAUGCUGUGAAGAGUGGCUUAGUGAGGCUAAUAUGUGAAGAAUUAAAGUCACUCCUAGAUUAUCUGCCUAGGGAGGGGAACAUGGAGGAAUCAGCCAUUCGAGUAGGCUUUGUCACCUACAACAAAGUGUUACACUUCUAUAACGUGAAGAGCUCACUGGCACAGCCACAAAUGAUGGUGGUCUCAGAUGUGGCAGAUAUGUUUGUGCCACUCCUUGAUGGUUUUCUGGUGAAUGUGAAUGAGUCCAGGACAGUUAUUGCCAGUUUGCUGGAUCAGAUUCCAGAGAUGUUUGCAGACACAAGAGAAACAGAAACUGUUUUUGCACCUGUGAUCCAAGCAGGGCUGGAGGCGCUGAAGGCAGCUGAGUGUGCUGGCAAGCUCUUCAUUUUCCACACCUCUCUGCCCAUUGCAGAAGCUCCAGGGAAGUUAAAGAACAGGGAUGAUAGGAAACUGAUCAACACAGAUAAAGAGAAGACUUUAUUUCAACCACAGACGAGCUUUUACAACAACUUGGCCAAGGACUGUGUGGCCCAAGGCUGCUGUGUGGAUCUAUUCCUGUUUCCAAACCAGUAUUUGGAUGUGGCAACACUGGGUGUGGUACCUUACCAGACGGGAGGCUCCAUUUAUAAAUAUGCAUAUUUCCAGCUGGAGACAGACCAGUACAGGUUCCUGAAUGACUUGAGAAGGGAUGUCCAGAAAGAAGUGGGAUUUGAUGCUGUAAUGAGAGUGCGCACAAGCACAGGUAUUAGAGCAACUGACUUUUUUGGAGCUUUCUAUAUGAGCAACACAACUGAUGUAGAGAUGGCAGGUUUGGACUGUGAUAAAACAAUCACAGUGGAAUUCAAGCAUGAUGAUAAAUUGAGUGAAGACAGUGGUGCACUGCUUCAGUGUGCUCUGCUGUAUACAAGCUGUGCAGGACAGCGACGGCUCCGCAUUCACAACCUCUCCUUAAACUGCUGCACGCAGCUUGCUGACCUGUAUCGGAACUGUGAGACUGACACCCUCAUCAAUUACUUGGCUAAGUAUGCAUAUCGUGGAGUCCUGAGUAGUCCAGUGAAGACUGUACGAGAUGCACUGAUCAACCAGUGUGCCCAGAUCCUAGCCUGCUAUAGAAAGAACUGUGCUAGUCCCUCUUCUGCUGGCCAGCUCAUCCUCCCUGAAUGCAUGAAGCUGCUUCCUGUGUACUUGAACUGUGUGUUGAAGAGUGACGUACUUCAGCCUGGCCCAGAGGUCACAACGGAUGACCGUGCCUACAUCCGUCAGUUAGUGACAUCCAUGGAUGUGGCUGAAACAAAUGUUUUCUUUUAUCCCAGGCUUUUGCCCCUGACCAAAGCAGAUGUCGACAGUGAUUCCUUGCCAGCAGCCAUUCGGAACUCUGAGGAGCGUCUCUCCAAGGGUGACAUCUACCUGCUGGAGAAUGGGCUGAACGUCUUUGUGUGGGUGGGAGUCAGUGUGCAGCAAGGCCUGAUCCAGAACCUCUUCGGAGUUUCAUCCUUCAGUCAAAUUAGCAAUGCCUUGAGUACCCUGCCAGUCAUGGAAAACCCCUUCUCAAAGAAAGUGCGAUCUAUUGUUGAUAUGAUUCAAGGGCAGAGAUCCCGCUACAUGAAGUUGAUAAUUGUGAAGCAAGAAGAUAAGCUGGAAAUGCUGUUCAAACACUUUCUAGUGGAGGACAAGAGCCUGAGUGGCGGGGCUUCAUAUGUGGACUUCCUGUGUCACAUGCACAAGGAGAUUCGGCAGCUACUGAGCUAGAGGAGUGAGUGGUGCUAGAACUCGGCAGUGACAUUUCAGUCUCCACUAAUGACCUGAUCAGAAGGCCCAGCGCCCUCAGAAAGGACAACAUAGAAAUCUGUACAAUUCCAUAAUUUUUAAUACACAUUGCAUAAGCAGAAAUCCUUUCAACCUUUCCCAAUCCCAUAUGAGAGAUGAAAUAUUUUCCUGGUGAGGGCUAAAA